AGGAGGCCAGGGAGGACAAAUCCCCUCAGCAGAACCUCGUGGAAGAGGCUGUUUUGAGCGGCUCCAUGGCACAGGAAUGCAACGGGGAGGAAAAGGUGCUGAGAUCCCGCCCGAGGAGGGGCUCCAAACGCAUGCCAGGGUGCUCCGAGGAGGAAGGACCCACCCUGUGUCAGGAAGGCAGCCAGAGAUGUGGCCAGAGCUCUGAGCUGGUGGUGCAUGAACAGCUUCACAAUGGCAAGAAGCUGCACCAGUGCUCGGAAUGUGGGAAGAGUUUCUGUGCAAAGUCCAGCCUGGUCCGGCACCAGAAGAUCCACACUGGGGAACGGUGCUACGAGUGUGGGAAAUGUGGGAAGGGCUUCAGAGACACUUCUAACCUGAUGAUCCACCUGAGAGUCCACACUGGGGAACGGCCCUAUGAGUGUGGGGAGUGUGGGAAGAGCUUCACUCGGAGCUCUAAAUUGAUUGUCCACCAGAGGAUCCACACUGGGGAACGGCCCUAUGAGUGUGGGGAGUGUGGGAAGUGCUUCACUACGAGCUCCAACCUGAUUGUCCACCAGAGGAUCCACACUGGGGAACGGCCCUAUGAGUGUGGGGAGUGUGGUAAGUGCUUCACUACGAGCUCCAACCUGAUUGUCCACCUGAGACUCCACACUGGGGAACGGCCCUAUGAGUGUGGGGAAUGUGGGAAGAGCUUCACUGAGAACUCCACUUUAUACAAGCACAGGAGGAUCCACAGUGUUGAACGGCCCUAGAAAUGUGGAGAAUGUGGGAAAGGCUUCAUGAAGAGCUCCCACCUCAAACACCACCAGAUGCUGUGCACUGGAAUCUGACCCUGUGUGUUGGGAGAGCGGGAACAGCUUCUGUGACAGCUCUGGCCUGAUCAUGCAGCAGGCAGUGCACACUGGGGAAUGCCUCUACACGUGCUCAGAAUGUGGGAAGAGCUUCAUCCAGCACUCCAAGCUGUUUGUCCACCGGCAGAUGCACAGCGGAGAGAGGCCCUAACAGUGUCUUGAGUGUGGGAAGAGCUUGUCCCAGAGCUGUGCCGUGACCCAAGAGCAGUGGAGGCAGCAGGAAGGGAAGCCCUACAAGUGCCCCGCGUGCGGGAAGAGCUUUGUGCGCUGCUCCAACUCCAUCCCCCGUUGGAGGAGCCCAUUGGAUGAUCCCCAGUGAGCUGGGUUGGGCAGAGCCUUGGAGAUCCACGGUCCUGGUGAUCCAUGGUGGGAAGAGAGCUGGCUGGUGGUCUCCACAUCUUCCUGGCCCCCUGUGGGCACCUGGAUGCAAAAGGAGCUCAAGGGGACGUGGCCAUGGAUGGUGACAUGGACAUGGAUGGAGACAUGAGGGUGACAUGGACACGGGUGGGGACAUGGAAGGCCAAGAUUGGGGGCAUGGUGGGGAUACGGGCAUGGGUGGGGACAUCAGGGCACACGGACGUGGGCUGAACUUCCAGGGAAUGUGGGGCACGGUGGGUUUGAGUGAACUCAGGGCUCUUGGGAGGGCCGUGGGGUGCUGUGUCAUGAAACUGAAAUUCCAGAUCAUCCCAGCGUGUGCCGUGGAUCCCAGAGGGGAAUUCCCAAGGCUCCCAGGGUGCCGGUUCUGCCCUGCUGCCCAGGGGAGCUGUGCCCAAGGGGCAGGUGACAAGGUCCUGAAGCUGUGUAGGCUGACAAAGCAGACAGCAAAGGUUGGUUUGCUGGACAUUUUCCAGCCCAUUGCCAGCUCCAAGCAGAGGGAAGAAGAAAAGGAAAGUGAGUCCCUGACAGAAUCCCAGAACCAUUGCAGUGGGAAGGGCCCCUGGCCGUGGGCUGCAGUGCCAGGAGGGAGAGACGCCUCUACCCCAGUGAGGUGCACAUGAGACCAUAGCAGCAGCACCUAUGGAUUUAUUUAAGAUUUAUUUUAUUGAAGGUUCUAAACAAUCUUGUAGUAGUUGGAUUUCACUGUAAUUUAUUUACUUUAAUUAUAAAAUUAUAAUUGCUUGUAAAUAGUUAUGGUAAGUUUUUAACCGCUUUAACGUAGGAUAAAAUUUGUAAACGCUUUGAGCAGUGUAAAAGGGGAAGAGAGGCUUUCACAAGAUGUAAUUGGGCUUGGAAAAGAUGAAUUUUAAGAUAUGAUUAUUAUUGCAAUGUAUAUGUCCAAGAUAGCAUAAAUGGAGAGCAGAAGAGCAUAAAAGGAGAAAUAGCAAAACCCCUUAAAGUGGCAUCUGAAGACCACCCUAGACCUGCGACGUGUUCAACUCUUGAAGUGUGCAAGGUUGCAGAAAAUCUGAAUUAAGAUUGUGGUCAACAAGCUUAAACUAAAUCUGCUCAAUCACUUGAGGAAAUAAUACAUCUGCAACGGUAUAAAAGACUGCAGACUGAAGCAGUGGGUGUGUACUGGCUUUGCCAGGCCCCUGUAUAUUUUGCUUUCUGUUUUAUCCCUUAUUAUCCUUCAUUAAAUCUCUUAAAAAUUUUCAGUGGAGUGUGCUUCAUUUUUAACACUGUACAAGGAAUGUGAGGUAGAGAAUUAAGAAAAGAAGUGUCAGAGAGGAAAAGAAACAGGAAAUUCCUCUGGCUCAGGCUCCGCAGCUGCCGGGCAGAGCCGCAGCACCCAGUGCUCCCCACUUCCACCUGUUAAAAAUGACAUUAUUUUAUAAAAAUAACAUUGGGUUCUGCAUUUAUGUAUUAGCAUGGU